AUGGUUCCUGAAGGGAUAAUUCUUGGGCAUAAAGUGUCAUGCAAAGGUAUAGAAGUUGAUAAAGCCAAAAUAGAAAUUAUUGAAAAACUUCCUAUACCCGUUAAUGUGAAAGCAGUAAGGAGUUUUCUUGGGCAUGCUGGUUUCUACAGAAGGUUCAUCAAAGAUUUCUCAAAAAUAGCAAAGCCAUUGAGCAAUUUGCUAGUGAUUAACAACCUUUUCAUCUUUGAUGGCAACUAUAAGCAUGCCUUUGGAAACUUAAAGAGAAAACUCAUCACAGCACCCAUCAUCACACCCCCUGAUUGGAACAUACCUUUUGAACUUAUGUGUGAUGCAAGUGACCCUGCUAUUGGUGUUGUGCUAGGACAAAAGAAAGAUAAGUUACACCAAGUCAUAUAUUAUGCCAGCAAAGUAUUAAAUGAAACACAGAAAAAUUAUACCACUACUGAGAAAGAACUUUUGGCAAUUGUUUAUGCAUUUGAUAAGUUUAGGCAAUACUUGAUUGGCUCAAAAGUUAUAGUGUACACUGACCAUGCUGCUCUCAAGUAUUUAAUGUCUAAACAGGAUUCAAAAACAAGGCUUAUCAGGAGGUGUGUCUCUGAAAAUGAAAUGAAGGACAUAUUGUGGCAUUGUCAUGGUUCAGCAUACGGUGGACACUUUGGACCAGAGAGAACAGUUGCAAAGAUUGUCCUUCAAUUCCUCAAGAAGCAUAUUUUCACUAGGUAUGGAGUACCCAAGGGUCUUGUCAGCAAUGGUGGUGGUCACUUCUGCAACAAACAAAUGGAGAAACUCCUCCACAAAUAUGGAGUAAUCCAUAAAGUAGCCACACCAUACCACCCUCAGACUAAUGGCCAGGCUGAAUUAGCAAAUAGAGAGUUGAAGAAAAUUUUAGAAAAAAUAGUGGGAAGCACAAGGAAAGAUUGGGCCAGGAAGUUAGAAGAUGCACUCUGGGCAUACAGGACAGCUUUCAAAACUCCCAUUGGAAAGUCCCCCUUUCAGCUAUUAUAUGGAAAAUCUUGUCACCUCCCUGUAGAGCUUGAACAUAAAGCUUUUUGGGCCACUAAACUCCUCAACCUUGAUUCUCAAGCAGUAGGAAAAAAGAGUCUGCUACAACUAAAUGAGUUGGAGGAGUUUAGACUAGAAACUUAUGAGAGUGCUAAGAUAUACAAGGAAAGAACUAAGAGGUGGCAUGACAAGAAGAUCUCAAAGAAAGAGUUCAAGCCAGGUCAGCAAGUGCUCCUGUAUAACUCAAGGCUCAAGAUCUUCCCUGGCAAGCUCAAGUCCAAAUGGAAAGGUCCGUAUCUAGUAACAAAAGUUUUUCCUUAUGGAAGUCUUGAGCUGCUAGAUGAAGCUACACAGAGCCACUUCACAGCAAAUGGACACAGAGCAAAGCCUUACUUAGGAGGACAAUGGGACAAGGAAAAAGAAGUUCAGAAUCUAAACUGA